GCCAGGAGAGGUAGCUGGCCAGUAGCGGUGCGCCAGGAGAGGUCGCUGGCUGCUCGACAUAAACACCACCAUGGCCGUCGUCUGGGCGAGACUGGCAUUCCUAGCGGGGAUCGUCUCCUUGUUUCAUGCAGGUUACUCGGCCGCGCAACAUCGAGCAUAUAUGAGAGUCACAGAACAGGAGUAUACUUCUUUACCAACAGACAUUGGUGUUCAAGGUCUGUUGAGCCUUCUCUUAACAAUGUAUGGCAUCCUACACAUUGCUGGAGAUUUCAAGGAGAUUCGGGCUAAUGUUCAGCUUCAGAAUAAGUCCUGGGAAACUGUGGGAAACAGACCAACAUUCUACACGUUUGCACACCGAGGUCGAGCAUUAAGCCCAAGCUAUACACCACCAAAAUCUAAAAGUUUGCUGGAUAAUGUAGAAAGUAUUUCAUCUUAAGCAAUAUACUUUCUGUUUGUAAGAAACAUACAGAUGGACUGUAGCUUACAUGUGGUGAUGUACUCUGCAAAUUUAAUCUAGCUGUAUCCAAGUUAUAUUCAAUUUGCAUGCAUUCAAAUUACAGUAUCACAAAUACCAAUUGUCAAUUUAAGUGUGUUGACUGGAACACCGAUACUGUUGAACAACAUUAGAAAAAAAAUACUAAAAAUUUCAGAAGGAAUGACAGAUGUUAUAUAUACAGUAUUAUCAAAUAAAAAUGCAAAAAAUAUCUCUGGAUUUUUGCUGUUAUGACUUAUCAUGUGCAGAGAUGGUUGUAGUGGUGCGAGUUACAAAGCACUAGCAGUUCACUGCUGUACUGCAAGAUGUUUAAGCUUUAAAUAAAACUGUCACUCCCAGCUUACAUGAAUAAUCCUUGGUAUGUCAAUAAAUAAGCUUAUACUAUCAAAUUUACUUUUAACAAAUAUUAGGUAAAUAUUUUCAAAAGCUAUACCAUAUGUCAGGCUAGCACAACAGGAAAGGUGAGUGAGGGAGGGAGGUGUUGAGUAUAGUAUUGUAUAUAAAAUUUUAAAAUUUCAGGAAUUGAUAAGUGUCUCGGCCUAAUCGCCUUGGAUUUUCAAUGUUCGACCGUACCAGUAGGCUUUAAGCAUCUGAUUCAUUAUCACUGCAAACAUAGUGUCACAAGUAUAAGAAUGAACAUACUGUAUUUCCUUGAACUUUCCUAAGUUAUGGACAGGACAUGGUAUGAUAUUUUGUGGAUGCUGUAAUUAACAGAAAAUUUACAAGAAAUAUACUUUGCAAAUAUUUUAAGAUAUAUUUUAACCCAAUUUCAAUGUAGGAAAAAUAUUUGGUAUUUUAGAUCAUUAUUUGAUGUAAAUUAGCUUUAAUAACAGAAAUUAAACGAAUACUUAGGUAGAUUAAUAAUUACAUGUACAGUAUCUAGGUUUAGUUACAGUUUGUAAAUUUUAUUCCUAACUUUGUCUAUAAUGUUUAGUGUUUCAAAUUAUAAGAGCAAGAUUUCUUGCAUUGUAACUCAAUAAAGGUGAACAAAUUGGAUUUUGUGCAACAUUUUUGUUUCUUUGCAUUUUCUUCUACAGUAUUUACCAUUUAUUUGUAGCCAUGUGCCCAGUGAACAUGCCAAUAAAGUCAAGUCACUCACGUGACUGCUACUGAACUUGUGUAUUUGACAGGUUACUUGCUUGGUAAUAUCUUAAUAAUAUUAAUGUGUGGAAAGACCAGUUGGGUAGGUAAUUUUGUACAAUAAACUCUACCAUCAUU